UCCAGAUUCCAGCGAUUUGUUUGCAUAUCGCCAACCCUUGCAUUAUCUCACUUUGAGGUGAAGAUUGUCUGAGGUGAAGAACGGACGGGAGAAGAAGAAAAAUGGACGGAUCAGGUGCUGUGGUUGCGGAUCGGGUUGCGAGUGAGGAUCGUGUUGGUGCUGCUGUUGCUACUCCUGCUGAUGAUGUUGCUGAUGAUGCUGCGACAUCGCCAAAAGAUACGAUUGUGGAAGAUGCAGAGGAGGAAAUACAACCCGACGACGCAAACACAUCACGGAAACGAACACACGACGCCAUCGACGCACCAUCACCACCACCACCACCACCCACAUCCACAUCCACCCACCCACACAUCCCCCCCUCAACGCACACAUCCCCCACCAACGGCCACGACACAACCUCCCCGCCGAAAGCCAAGCAGCAGAAACUCUCACCGGAAGAGGACUCAACUGACGCUGACACUCAGCAGGGGCAGCAGCAGACGCAGCAGGACCCGGUCCGUGGAGGCGCGCCGCUUCGUCGGUAUCUGAAUAAAUUCGUGACGCCGGCGUUGCUUGAUGGCAUGAAGUUGAUAGCUCGAGAACAGCCUAAUAAUCCGCUGGAGAGGCUGGCGAUGUUUUUGCUGGAGAGGAGUAAAGAUGCGCCUCUUGUGUCUGAGGAGAGUAUUUCGAAGGAAUGAGUAUAGUAUUAGUGACGACUACGUGUACGAUAGAUGGUGGAAGAAAGUGAUGCACGAGAUGCACGAGUGAUUAUUUUUCUAAAUGUACAAUACAUCUUCCCUGAGAAAGAGACCCAGCCGAGAUAAUCUUUUUACUUCAUGUAU